GUCUUGACAACCGUGAGCCACCAGCCUCUCCUGCGGUUGCCGCGGACGAUGGUCCGGCGUUCUGUCGUCGACUGUCGAACGAUUCAUACAUGCAAUUUAAUUAAGCUUCAAGUUGCAUCAAAAGAAGCAACUGUGCUUUAUAGCGCCCUGGGGGAGUCAAACGAUCAAGAGGUUCACCGCUUCUUUCAUAAUGAUCUGCUUUCUCUCAUAUUAAUGAAUGAGACAAUGUUGCCCACCUGCACCCUUCUGUCGGUUCUAGCAAACGGCCGUUGGUUAUCUAGCCGCUGUCUGAAUCCUGGAUGGUGGCACAGCAUCAUCUCAACGGUGUGCAAGCCAGCUGGAACUCUUGCCUAUGGCGAUAUAUGCUUUCACUUGAGAGACAGGCCAAUCUUCCUUAGGGUUCAAGAGGCGGUCCUAUCGAAUUGCUUGGGUCGUGCUAGUUGCUAUUUCCGCGAGUCGGUUGGUUGUGAAAAGAGCCUCAGCAUCGACCGUGGAGGAUAGGGGGAUGCACGCGAAGGAUGUCGGAAGUUCUGGCCUUUACUUUAUGCUCUUGAAGCCAAUCCCGCGCGCCCAUCUUGCUCUUCUCGAGACACUUUCGAUACGGUCUUGCUCAAGAUGUGUAGCUAAAAACCGUAGACAUAGUUCGCAGGUUACGUCCAUGGAGGCUGAAGAAGUUAAUCGACAAGGUUGGCUAAACG